GCCCGCAUUCUUACAGAUAAAUAUGUGGCAAAAGUGGCUAUAUUUUUGUUUGACAUUUUUACUGUAUUUGGUCUGCCAAUCUUCCUACAAAGUGAUAAUAGGCAUGAAUUCAUAGCAGAUAUAAUUAAUAAUCUUACAAAACUUUGGCCAAGUCUCAAAAUUAUUCAUG